CUCUUCCUCAUUACGAGUAGAGUUGUGUUCACGUGAGGUUGUGUCUCCUUUUUACCACAAAAUAGGUCACACAACCCACCUCCAGUCGUGAAUUAACUCUCUUAUAAGUAAUUAAAAAAUCCAAAAAAAAUAUAAAAACUUUAAAAAAAUACAAAACAAAAAAAUCGCAAAAUCGUAGCCGAAAACCGCGUAACCUGAGGUAAAAUAAAAAAGGUGUGGAACAAAAAUACAAAGUGAAUUAUUCUCGUUGAUUUUCGUUCACGCGUGUUAGAAGAAAGAGUGACAAACGUGGUUGAGCCACGAAGAGUGAAAAAGGCAAGGCCAGAACGAGGAAGCAGCCACGAGGAAGCUGAAAACUAUAAGAUUUACAGCAACGUUGGCUUCAAACAGCCAAAAUGAAUCCCGGAGCGCCGAAUUAUCCGAUGGCAAGCCUUUAUGUGGGAGACCUUCACUCGGACAUAACCGAAGCGAUGCUUUUCGAAAAGUUCUCGUCGGCUGGACCUGUACUUUCAAUUCGCGUCUGUCGUGAUAUGAUCACUCGACGCUCGUUGGGAUACGCUUACGUCAACUUCCAGCAGCCGGCCGAUGCAGCUGAACGUGCGUUGGAUACCAUGAACUUUGACAUGAUAAAGGGCCGACCGAUCCGAAUAAUGUGGUCUCAACGCGAUCCUUCCCUUCGAAAGUCUGGAGUUGGCAACGUCUUUAUCAAAAACCUGGACAAAAAUAUUGACAAUAAAGCCAUGUACGACACGUUCUCGGCAUUCGGAAAUAUAUUAAGUUGUAAAGUCGCCCAGGAUGAAACUGGCGCGUCCAAGGGUUAUGGCUUCGUGCAUUUUGAGACUGAAGAAGCUGCAAAUAAGUCCAUUGAUAAAGUAAAUGGCAUGUUGCUGAACGGAAAGAAGGUAUACGUUGGCAAAUUCAUUCCCCGCAAGGAACGCGAAAAGGAGCUCGGCGAGAAGGCCAAGCUCUUCACGAACGUUUACGUGAAGAACUUCGGGGAAGACAUGACCGACGAAAAACUGAAGGACAUGUUCGAGAAGUACGGCACCAUUACCAGUCAUAAGGUAAUGAGUAAGGACGAUGGCAAGUCUCGAGGUUUCGGUUUUGUCGCCUUUGAAGAUCCCGAUGCAGCUGAGCAAGCUGUAAUUGAAUUGAAUGGUCGCGAGAUUUCGGAAGGAAAAUGCAUGUAUGUCGGCCGAGCCCAGAAGAAAGCAGAACGUCAACAGGAGUUGAAGCGUAAGUUUGAGCAACUCAAGAUUGAACGUCUGAACCGCUACCAGGGUGUAAAUCUGUACGUGAAAAACCUCGACGACACGAUUGACGACGAACGUCUCCGCAAGGAGUUUACUCCUUUCGGAACUAUUACAUCGGCCAAGGUGAUGAUGGAGGAGGGGCGCAGCAAGGGCUUUGGCUUUGUCUGCUUCUCGUCUCCCGAGGAGGCCACGAAAGCAGUUACCGAAAUGAACGGACGUAUUGUGGGUACGAAGCCACUUUACGUCGCCCUGGCUCAACGUAAGGAAGACCGCAAAGCACAUUUGGCUUCGCAGUACAUGCAACGGAUGGCCAACAUGCGUAUGCAACAGAUGGGACAGAUGUUCCAGCCUGGCACUGGCAGCUACUUUGUGCCAACUCUUCCACAACCCCAACGAUUUUAUGGACCACAAAUGGCACAGAUACGUGCCACACCUCGCUGGCCCGCACAACCGAACCAAGUACGACCAAAUGCCCAAACCGGAAACUCUGGAUUCGCCAAUAUGCAAGCUCAAUUCCGAGCUGCGCCUCGCGUUCCUGCUGCUCAGGCGGGAGCCAUGCGCAAUGCUAUUUCUGCAAGACCUAUCACAGGUCAACAAGCUGUGGGAGGUGCAAACAUGCAAGGACGUUCGAUGGCUGGUCCAGCGGUUGGAGUAUCUCCUCAGAGCCGUCCACCAAAUUACAAGUACACAGCCAAUAUGCGAAACCCGCCACAACCGAUGGCAAUUCCAGUUCAACCUCCGGUUCAGCAAGCGGUCCACAUUCAAGGGCAGGAACCUCUGACUGCCUCCAUGUUGGCAGCAGCUCCACCGCAGGAGCAAAAACAAAUGUUGGGAGAGCGACUCUUCCCGUUGAUUCAGUGUAUGUAUCCUCAACUUACUGGCAAAAUCACCGGUAUGUUGCUGGAGAUCGACAAUUCGGAAUUGUUGCAUAUGCUCGAGCAUAGCGAAUCAUUGAAGGCCAAGGUCGAGGAAGCCGUAGCUGUACUCCAGGCUCAUCAAGCCAAGCAGGCAGUGGCUUCAAAGAAGGAGUAAUAAUACUUCCUUCUUCUUUAUUAUUAUUAUUAUUAUGAUUAUGAUUAUUAUUAAUAUUCUGUUCAAAACAUUUGACUAAAUUUCAUUUCUUGCAAUAAAUUUUUCUUUCCGUUUA